AUGGCGACCAAGGAGAAUGCUGGUCAAAAUAUGCUAGUGCAGCCGCUGCGCUACGGCUCUCUGAUCAGCCUCUAUAAGCAGUCACUGGACGGCUAUGUCGUGGCCACCUCAUCAUCGGAGGCGCCGGUUGGGCUGCAGCGUGACACCCCCGAGACGCCGCUGCGCCACGAGCACACGGUUUUGCUUUUGCAGCGCGGUGAUCCUGCCGAGGCAAAUGUCAACCGGCAGCCGGACAGCGACGUGGUGAAAUACGGACAGACGAUCCGCCUCCUCCACUAUGCACACCAGAAGUACCUCAGUUACCAUGCCGAGCGCUACGCGGCGGGCAUGAAGGGCAACCACCACGUGCUGCUCGAGACGCGCCGGCGGGACGCCAAUGUGCGCGAGCGCUGGCGCAUCAUGCCGCGGUAUCGCCUGCGCGUGGAGGGCGAGCCCGUCGCUGCGGGCGACGCCAUCAUUCUUCAGGCGGUUGAAACGGAGCGCUACCUGAACGUGGCCCCCAACGUGGACGAGGAGGCGGCCGAUAACUGGUUCCUUGAGGUGAGCGUCGGGGAGAGCAUCCAGGGCUUUCUGAUACAUCUGUACGACGGCGACUGCGCUGCUUCGAGGCGCGGGCCACCGCUGCGCUGCGGCGACUGCGUGACACUGCUGCACACGGAGGAGCACAAGUACGUCCUUGCGGACCCGGUAAAGCAGCAGUGCGUACUGCAGACGCCGGACUCAAACCUGGCGGAAGGCAGCGAGCACACGGUCGCGUGGUACGCUGCGUCGAAGGAGGAAGUGAGCUACCUCUCGUUGUUUGUGAUCGAGGGUGCGAAUGCGAGCAAGGGCGGCGCGCUGCGGAUGCGCGGUGCGGGCGAUGCCUACCGGUUCAAAUCCCUUGCGUCGGGGCUGUACCUGCAGUGCGGCGAGGUUGCCGCGGUAGAGCCGACGGAGGGUGGCGGUGCUGGCUUGGGGCGGGGUGCGCGGCAGGCGUCGUACGCGCUGUCGCUGACGCCGCAUGCGCGUUCUGCGGGGACGCUGUUCCAGUUGCACUGCACAUCGUCCAACGCUGAGGAGUUCCUGGGCAACGGCGGGCGCGUGUUUCUGAGUUGCGUGAACAGCGCAAACCAGAAGGUUUGGGUCGUCGCUGGCGGGCCCGUGGCGGCUGAGGGGGAGGACGUGCGUCACUCGGAGGUGACGAUCGCGUCGCUUACGCACGGUGUGAGGACGUACGGGGUCGUGACGCUGCUUGGGAGCGGGUUCAAGUCGAUGCGCGACGGGCUGGAGAUUCGGCGGCUGCAGCCGAUCGCACUGGAGGAGCUGCACAUGAUCCGCAGACUGCUACCGCCACUGCAGCGGUACGUGCGUGAAAUGGCGUGCGGCGUGGGUAGCCCGCAUCACGUGCGGCAGGCGCGGGAGAAGGUGCAGCAGCUGCAGCAACUGUGCCACCGCCCUGCGGACCCCGACGCGGAGAACGUUUCCGAGGAGUUGAUGAAUUCGGGCAGCGCUGGCGGCGGCCGCGGCGGCGUGCUGAACCCGGAGUGGCAGAGCAAGGUUUUCCAACAGGGCGUUGGCGAGCUUGUGCUGCUUGUUGUGCGCGCGUCGCUGCAGUGCCCGUACGUGCAUGCGGAGAAGCUUGGGUCGCUGGGCAUGGUGUACCCGCAGGCUGGCUGCAAUAAUGGUGCCGACAGUGUUGCGGCAGCGAGUAGUUUUGGCGCUGCGGCUGGCGGUGCUGACGUGGCAAGUGCUCCGUCUGCUGCGUCGGCAUCGGGGGGCUUGUCGUUGUUUGUGCCGAUGCGGUACAGCGAACUGGGCGACCUCGUGGACGCGUGCUUCGAGCUUGUGGGGGUGCUGUUUUACAACCGGCCUCGGUACGCGGCGGCGCUGCAGAGUUACGCGGACUUCGUGAUGGAGUGCACGCGCUACGUGCCGUCUGCGCUGCGGUGCCUUGCUGCGUUCUACAAGGACAACCCUGCGCUGGUGGAGCUGCCGAUGGCGCGGCACCGGCUGGAAUUCUUCUUGGAGAUGCUGGCGAGCCGCGGCUACAACCCGGAUGUCUUGCACAUCCUGCGGCGAUUCGCAUGCUGCGGUGGCGAGGGCAUGGUGGAAGCGCAGCGCGUGAUUCUCGACUACUUCACGCAGAACCGCGAGAUGACGCAGCGGGUACUUUGCCCGAUGAAGUGGAUGCCGCUGCCUGAAGAGCUUGAGACAACACGUAUCGCGCAGAUGCCACGGGCGCAGGCAACAUCGAGCGCACUGGCCACGGCAGUGAAGGAACAGAAGGGACUGGUGGCGGAGGGUGGGCCGACUUGCGUGGAGUUGGCGGAUACGUUGUGCCAGCUCAGCGCUGCGCUCUUCACUGACACGCGAGAGGCGUCCGUAGCGGGGACCGUGCCUGAGGGCGAGUGCAACGCGUCCAUCGGAGCCGCGUCGAGGCAGGCGCCACUGUCGACAGCGUCGAUUCUCCCCCCUUGCAGCCCAGCGGCGGCGGCGCCGGAGCUGAGCACCUCUGUGAGGGCAGUGCGAGAGAUGCCCAUGGUGGGUAUCCCGAACUUGCUCUUCGAGGAGCCCGAGUUCAGCGAUUCAGCUUCGUUGGCCACGUCGACGCAAUACCGCGCGAAAGGCAACCCGCUUAGCCAGCUUCUGCAGAAGGCCGUCGAUGCCCAGGACGUGAACGGGACCACGUACUUCCCGCUGGAGGGGCUGCUGGCUGUGAUGCCGGACUGGCCGGAGGUGCGGGACACACUGGUGCCGUACCUUGCGGCGCAGAUCCACCUGCUUGCUGCGCUCGCAUACGGGGAGGGCCACGCGCGGAGCCGGCCGUUCAUCCUUGAGUGGGUGCCGCGCGCCGUGCUUGUUGAGUUGCUGCAGAGCGAGGUGCUGCCGAGGCGCCUGCACGGCGCGCUGGUAGAGCUAUUUGCGAAGGUGAUGGUGGACGCGGACGGUGCGCUGAAUAUCCGGGAGCAAAUACAGAAUAUCUGGUGCGUUGUAUCGCUGCCGGGCGGCGGCUGCAGUGCUACUGGUGCUACCAGUGCUGCUGUGGCAUCGUCUUGCCAGAUGGCCAUGCACAAGGUGCCGCGGGAGCUUGAGGUGGCGAAGGGGUUUGUUGUGCGGUACAUGACGGCAACGCGGAUGAGCGGCGACGACAGCGUUGCUGCGGAGUACCUUGCGGCGCUGAACCUUCUGGACGAGCUUGUGAACGCUGGCGCGUUCCAAUUGAGCGAGUACGAGACGCUGAUGCGGCUGUUGGUGCGAUGCGUGGACCCGUCGUGCGAUGCCCAGCACACAGUCCUGGAGAUGCAGCCCGUCCAAGACUGCAAGUCCCGUGUGCUGCAGCUGAUGAACCUGCUGAUCGAUGUGCUCCUCGUGCGGGAGGCGCUGUGGCUGGUGGACUGCUUCCGGAUGUGGAGGCGGCCGACGCGCUUCAGCCAGCUGACGCACAUCAACUUUGCCGCUGCGUUGCCGCAGCGGAGCACUGAGAAAUGGAGAGCCACGGACGGGGGCGGCGACGAGGCUGAUGAGGAGCAGGACCGUCGCGCGGAUGUUGCGUGUGACUGCGACCUUGAUGGCGUGUACAAUGAGGAGGAGCGCGAGCCGCGCGAGGAGCUGAUACCCAUCGCCGAGGCGUUCACUGCACUGAUGGAACUGGCAAACUGCAGUCGCAGCUCGAUGCUUCAGCGCCAGGUCAUCUGCAUCUUCUUCCGCGCCACCAACUUCCUUGAAGAGCUCUACGCCACGGCGAGCCGUGUGCAGCUGCUUACGUCAGAGGACAGCAUCGGCUUCUACGCGGCCAUCAAUCGCACUUCGAUCGUGGUAAAGCAGCUGGCUAAGGCGUCGUUCCGCCGCACCAACACGAUCGCGCUGGCCAACAGCGCGCUCGAUGCGCUGGACGAUCUUCUCUUAAAGCCGAAGUCCGGGACCGUGGCCGAGAAGCUCUCGAUGAUGCAGCAAGUCGGUGUGCCCCUGCAGUUGAUUCGCAUGCUGGAGCGCGUGUCGGUGCCUGUCAGCGCGGCGAGCCGCCAGCUCGUCGUUAAGACAGUCGCUAUUCUGCAGACGAUGGCGCAGAGCCCCCGCGUCUGCGAUGAGCUGCGAGAGGCCGUCGUGGGCGCGGCGCCGCUGGCGUAUCAGAACACUAACUACAUUUCGCUGCUGCGGACGCUUUUUGUGGCCGAGGAUGAUGGUCGCACCGAAAUGCCGACGCAGAUCCUCGCUGACGUCGUCAGGUGCCUGUACAGGGAGCAUGCCGCGUUGACCGCCAUCGAGUUUCUGAGUGAUUGGAUGGCGGCGAAGCGCUCAUCCGUGCACGUGAUGGCGCAGCGGCAGCAGCAGGUGUGGCGUGCGAUUGUGUCAGACCAGCAGGCGGAGCGGUGCAUCCAGCUGCGGCGCAGCUGGUGCAGCAACCAGGGCCACAAGCUGAGGGAGCGGCUCCUGACGUCGGACGACUGCUACGCGGUGACGGGGCGCACGCGCACACACCUGGAUCUGUGCCGACUACUGUACCUUGUAGCGAACAAGAGCGAGUUUGUGAAGGCGGAGGCGGUACGGCAAGAGGUGUUUGGGCAGAACAGCCUGGACGCGCUGCUGCAGGUGACGACGGACGUGCUCGUGCCGGUGUACUUCCGCUACCCGUACGUGCAACUGCUGCAGGCGCUUGUGCUUGACGACGCGUGUGCUGUGCCGUCGCUGCUCGCGCACCGCGACUUCCCUGACUUUGUGCGACUGUGCAUGAUGGACGCUGCGCGGUACCUGCAGCUGCUUGGCGGGCGGUGCGCGCUCGAUGAGGUGAGCGAGGAGCUGGAGCAGCGCGAGGGCGCCACGCUGCGGUGCGCGCCGAAGAACGAGGCUGAGGAGGAAAUGGAGGAGGCGCUGUUUGGCGCUGGCAUGUACGAAGACUUCUUCUUCGGCCCCCUGUGCGCGUGCACGGAGCGUGUAUGCGCGCGGUAUCGCAGCUGCACCUCGCAACUCUCGAACCGCGUCCGCUCCCAGCUUAGCGUGGUGGUGAACGAGCUCGUGGAUGCCAUGUGCGAUGUGCUGCAGCUCUUCUUCAACAUGGAAGAUGGCAUCCUCAGGGGCGCGCCCCACAGCGCGGCGGGGCUACCCAGCCCAACAACUGCCCCGUUUCCGGAGGUGCCGUGGUCGCUCGCUCACUUCACUGCAUUGCGUCAGUGCCUGCGAGUGGCGAAGGACAGCGGCUUCAGCGGCACUGCCCGGUGGCGUGGCGGCCCUUUCAGCAGGCUGUGCGCACGCCUGGCCGCAUAUGUGGAAGCGGCGGCAAAGCCGCCCAAUCCUGCAACAGCUGCCGUGAGCGGCGAGAGCGCUGCCGUAGUGACGCCGGGGGUUGUCUUGAAGGGUGGUGACAGCUGUGCGUGGAACAGCCACAUCGAGGCAGGUGGGGGCGCUCACGUGCUGGCGAGCAAGUGGAUGGAUUACCUUCGAUCCGUUCUGGCGGACGACGCGCGCAUGGCGGAGAAAAAUCGGCUGAUAUCUGGUGCCGGCAUCCUGUUGCGCUGUGGCGCGCGCGGUGCUACAUUCAUGCGCAUUCUCUUCACUGUGAUGCCGUCGCUGCAGCACCCCAACAUCGUGCACGUCCUGACGCUGACUCGGCAGCUGGUGGUGCUGAUGCCGAACAACCCGUACGACGACAGCGUGCUGCUGCCGCUUGUGGCGCAGGAGUCUGACGUGCCGCACAUCACCGUGACAACUCCCGUGCAGUCGCGGCAGACGUUUCUGGCGCGGUGGGCUGGCGACGCGUCGCUGGAGAUGCCGCUGCCGCUGGUGGCGCUUGUGGGCGAGUUUCUCGGGUGCGACAAGGCGGACGUGCAGCGCGCGGCGCUGCUGGCGGGGUGCACACUGCUGCUGCAGGGUCACCGCGGGAUGCAGGAGUGCUACCGGGCCUUCUGCCGGCGCAGCGCGAACAACCGCCUGUUGUGCAUGCUGCGCCACCACUUCCUCGACUUCAAGGACAGGCUGCAGACGUACCACUACGCACUGUCGAGCGGGAGCAGCCCGUCCGAGGCGAGGCACUACCUGACGCAGAUGUCGAACUGCCGCCUGGAGUUGAAGCUGCUGCAGCUGCUGUGCUCUGGGCAGCAUGCACCGCUGCAGACGUACCUCAUCUCACAGCCAGUGAGCAACAUCUCCGUGAACAUUGUGGAGGCGCUGGUGGAGCUGCUGUCGAUGGCACCGAAGACGGCGAACGAGGUGACGUCGGACUUCAUGGUGCAGCUGCUUUCGACGAUUGCGGAGGCGCUACAGGGCCCGUGCGCCGCGAAUCAGGACAUGUUCGUGGCGUACAACGCCGCGGACUACUUGACCUUGCUGCUGUCAGAGUUCGACGCCUCUCCGUACGGGGAUGCGGCGUUCACGGCGGUGGAGGUGGUGCUGCCGGCGGUUUCGUGGAAUGAGGCCGCGCUUGGUGGAGAGCGCGAAGGGACUUCCCCGGCUGCCACCUUGGAGGAGAGGCGGCGUCGCUGCCACAGCUUACUGCAGACAAUGGCCUUGUCGACGCUGCUGGCGAUGAUUGAGGGUCGUGACGACUCGCGGUUAGCCUCGAAGCUGGUGUCUACUAUGGAUCUGUCCUUACUCGCCAAGGUUAUGGAUCGCAGUGCCGCUAGCUACGAAGCGAGACACGGCCCCAUAGAGCGGAAGCAGUACAGUGGCUUCUCACGAGGCGACAUUGUGGGGUCCGUUGCAGCCUUGCGCCGCUACUUCCGCGACUACCUGCAGAAUGAUAACCCAACGAGCCGCGAGGAGCUACAAGACGAGCUGGCGGUGGCAGUGAGCAUCUACGCGUUCUUUAGAGCGUGCCACGACAUGCACUUCUUGACGGCAACACGGCCGCGAUGCGGCAGCGGCGGCGGUGUCGGCGCGGAAGACUUCGCCGGGGCGUUGGAUGACUUAGUGGACAAGAAGGGCCAGGGCAUCCGACAGGUGCUGCGCAGAAGUAAGUACUACCGUCAGGUGUCGACGAAGCUGGCGAAGAUCGAGAUUGUGCGGGACGGUCGUCUGGAGCGCGUGUACUUCCGCGCGCUCAACUCGGCGGUGGACAAUCUCUUUGAGUUCCGCCGCACGGCCCUGAUCCAGACGGCGGUGCGCACAAGCGAUAACGAGCGCAUUCAGCACUUCUUCAACGAGACGUCAGACGUGAUUAUGGAGAUGAGCUGGUACAACAGCAUGCGCCGCUUCUGUGCUGUGUACCUGCUGAAAUUCUUCCUCCGUGAGAUCAACGCGUUGGGUUUGUUGAUUGUCUUCAGCAUCAACCUUGUCAUGGUGAUCGGCAUUCGUGCGCCGACCUCGCCGUACAGCUCCGGGACGCCGGAAGGCAUCGACCGCGCCUUGGUCGGCCUUGGCAUUGUCGAUAUGUGCGUGCAAGGCGUUCUUCUGACCCACGCCCUCUUGGGCCCAGCCGUGGUAAACUACAAGAUCGGCUGGCGGACGUGGUAUUCGCGGCGACAAGAGGAACUGACGAGGAUGAGCGACGCCGACAUCGCCGUGGAUCGGGCUGAUGCUCUGCUGCGUGGCAAGCAGUGCCUGGUGCCGACGUGGUACGAGUGGGUGUUGUUGAGUGUGUACUACGCCUUCUGGCACGCUGACUUCCUUCCACACUUCUUUUUCUGCUUCGUGAGUGUCAUGGGCUUCGCGCAGCAUCGAAUUUGGUAUGCGCUGCAGAUGAUGCAGAUCACCAUCCACAGCCCCGUUUUGGCCAGCCUGUUCGAGGCACUGCGGGCCAAUCUCAAGCUGCUCGUGCUGACGUACGCCCUUCUGCUGACGCUUGUGUUGGUGGGCGCCAACAUCAGCUACUACCACCUCUCUCAGUUGUUCGAUCCGCUGGGCGCGCGCUUGAACGGCUUCAACUGCUACACCCUGUCGCAGUGCUUUCUCGUGCACGUCGACACGCUGCGUAGCGGUGGAGGUAUUGGCGAUGUCGUUAACUGGCCUGUGUUCUACUCCAAGGACGGCUACGCGUACUGGGUGAUGUUCUACCGUAUCGCGUACUACCUCGUCAUCGGCCUGGUCGGCGCGAACCUGUUCCUCGGUGUCAUCAUCGACAGCCUCACGCAGCACCGCACCCAUCAGCAGCUCAUCCAGGCGGAUCAGGAGAAGAAGUGCUUUAUUUGCGGCAUCGAGCGCAACGAGUUCGACAUAGUGCGCCCGGGCGCGUACAGCACACAUGUCACGGAGGAGCACAACAUGUGGCAGUACAUCUUCUUUCUGCACUACCUCUCCACGAAGGACGCAAACUCGCACACGGGGCAGGAGGCGUACGUGCAGCAGCUGAUCGCGCAACAGGACUUGUCCUUCUAUCCGAUCGGACAUUCUCUGACGCUGCGCUUCAGGGACCGCGGCGCAGCGGAUGCGCCGAUGACCGAGGGCGGCAUUCCCGUCGGCGGCGAGGAGGACGCUGAAGGCGGUGUUCCGCGGGUGGUCGCAAUGGCUGCAGAGGCUGGCGGUGGCGAUGGUGUCGAUCGAAAGGGGGCGGGCGGUGAUGGCAAGAACGGCGGCGGUGCCUUCGACGAAGCGACGGCUCACCUUAUCUCCAGCCUGGUUGAGGCAGCGCUGAAAGAGGGCCUCGAGCCACUGCGGCGCAACAUAGAGAAAACGAACGAGCGCAUCGAAGAGGUGCGCGUGAACCUGCAGCACUGA